AUGGAUGACUUUGACGGUACUCAAAAUGGGGGAAGUCGUACGCCACGUUGCCGCACUCCGAGCAGGUCUCAGCUGGAUGUGAGUUUGGCCAUAUCAAGCUUGCGCGUCGUUUUGUCUAUGUGGUUUCUCAUUCCAGACUUCAAAUGCGACAACGUCGAAGGAAAAUGUGAUCCGUUGAGCCUGAACAAUCGAGCGAAGACACCACCUCCAUUACCUCCACUACCUCCACCACCUCCUCCAGCUCAGUCACCCUCUAUUCCUAACCCAUCACCUGUGAAUGGAUUUGGCAAUACUUCACAGCAGACAAUGCCACCGUUUGCUCAGUCGUUUCCGUUCAUGGCACCUUUUGGUCAGAAUCGAGGAGCUCCACCGUUCAACCCGUUUGGUAAGUUUCUCAGCUCACAAUACUUAUUUAUCUAUUGACC